AUGCAGAAUGGGAUUGAGGCCAGAAAGGCAAUAGAAAUGCAUUGUGAUGAAUCUCUAAAUGAUGUAAUGAAAUUAUUCAGUGUGAGUAUUGUAAUAGCCAUUGGAAGGUUUGCUGAAAAAAGAGCCAAAGCUGUUAUUAAGAAUUUUGGUCUGCAAAAUAUUGAGGAUUCUCAGUGGAUGGAAAAAGCCUUACAGUCGGCACAAACUGCUCUUGAAAAUGGAGAGGUACCUGUUGGCUGUCUUUUCGUGUCAGGUUCAGAUGUUAUUGCUGAAGGGUCGAAUGCUGUUAAUGAGACGAAGAAUGCUACAAGGCACGCCGAAAUGCUAUGUAUUGAUCAAGUUUUGUCUAAACACGUUCCGUUUUCUACGGUCAGUGUUUAUGUCACCGUUGAGCCAUGUGCGAUGUGUGCGGGUGCUCUCCAUGAUCUCGGUGUGUGCCGAAUUGUUUACGGUUGCGCUAAUGAUAGGUUUGGUGGUUGUGGUUCAGUUGUUAAUGUGUCGGAUUAUCAUUCUAAGCCUGUUCCUGUUGUUGGUGGCCUGUUUGCUGAACGAGCCAUGUCACUUCUUAAGGAAUUUUAUAAAGGUGUCAAUCCAAAUGCACCACCAUCCAAAGUAAAAAUGAGGAAAAAGGCUGAGUCAUAAGAACAUGGUAUGUGAUAAUAAUAAAUAUGCCAUAUUAGAAAAUUAUUGAAUUCUUUCUUCUUUAUUGCUGUAACAACUGGCAAUUUUUUUUUUUUUUUUAAUUUAUACUAAUAAGAAAAGUGAGAAACUUUUUUUUUACAGUUGUUACAGUGUGAUUGUGUUCAUGAGCUUGGUUCUUUUUUCAAUUAUUCAUUUUUCACUAAUUUUCCAAAUUUAAUUUUUUCUUUUUUAGAAAAAUUCUAUUAAUUUAGAAUUUGAAUGAAACUUUUACUAUAUAUCUCCAUUUCUCUUUCUAGAUUUUUGUUAUUACAUUAAAUUGGUAAUACUUAAUUCAAAAUGACAGGAGCCAAUUUAUUGGAUCAUAAGCUGGAUAUGUAGUAUUUUUCUACCUUUCAAAUUAAUUUAUAGGUUUUAUUACAAUAGAUUUUUGUGUAAAUGAUUUUCAGGUGUGUCAUUAUAUAAUAAGUCCACUUAUGAGGUGGUGAAGAAAUGCGGUUGUGGUAGUUUAAUACUUUUUAUUGAUCUCCUUAAGACUUACUUAAUUAUUUUAUGUGGUAAUUUUAUUUUACCUAAACCUAAUAUUACUUUGUUUGAUGAACAAUAAAAUCUUUAAAUUUGUUUGGUUUCUUUUUUUCAACUUUCUUUUAUGUUUAUUGAGGAAACAAUAUUUAUUUAAUAUUGUGAUAGCACAAUUUUUAUUUAAUAUUUUCAUUUUUAUAGCGACAUCUAUGUUCUUUAUUAGGUCAAUAGCACUUUCUAUAUACAAAAUAAUUUCCCUAUAUGCUAGUAAACUUAUAUUAAUUUAAAUAUAUUAUAAUUUUUGUGCUAUAUUACUCUUGGUUAAUAUAACUCUUUCUUGUGUUAUAUUGCUCCCAAUCCUUCUUCCUUUAGUGAAUAUUGGUGAUAGCACCUAAUCGUUAAUAAUUUGAUAUGAAUUAAAUUGUUAGUUAUUUUUUUCUAUCCACCGAUGAUAUAUGUUUUUUUUAACUUAAAUAUUUGUGUGUGAAAUAAAAAAAAGAGUUUUAAAAAGUAAUUUUGUAGAUCUGUUAAUAAAUGUCUUUAGAACUGUCUAAUUUAUUUUAAUCAUAUUUUUAUUCCGCAAAAAUAUUUUUCUCUAAAUGAUUCCUAUGAUAUAUUUUAAGAUCAUUAUUUGGAUAUACAUGCUAUUAUCCCUCUAAUAUGCAGAUUGCAAAAUGCAACACAGUGAUCUAGUAGAUCAAGCAAGUUUUUGUUUGUUGUCAUUAUUUCAAGGUCUAUUUAUACUAAUUUUGUUGGGAGCAAAUUUUUUAAAUUUUGAUGUUGGGUAGUGUUUUGAAAUUACAACUAGAUUGUAAAAAGUAGCAAAUAUCUGUAUUAUUUUCUCAUCAUAAAAUCAAUAUCCUCUUUUAUCUUGUUUCAAUAAUAUCGUUACGAUAUUUGAAACAUGUUUAUGUAUCAUCAGAGAGGGUUUAAGGUUCAUGGAUACACACUUUGUGUGUGUGUGUGUGUGUGUAUAUAUAUAUAUAUAUACAUAUAUAUACAUAUAUAUAUAAUCUGUGAUAAUUAUGCUGGAAGAUCACUUCAAUAUUGGAGUGAAACUCCCCAAACCAAAUAAUAAGGCUAUUAAAGAAAACACAAUUUAAAACAUUUGAUAUAUUAAGAUGAAAUUACAAUGAUUUUAUCUAACGGCAUGGAUUAUCUGUCAACUAGAUCAAACUCUCAGAAAAUUAAAACUAUUUACAUAUAACACUAUUUUCAUUAAAAAAAACUGGCAAGCUAACCUAUAUACACAAUUGUCUCAUCACAAGAGCAACCAUUUUUUCUUUGUUCUCCACAAUAGAAACAGUUUUCCUUUGUCCGUAAGCAAGUUAAAUUAUUUUUUAAAUUAAAAAAUCCCUUGGCAUCCGAAGAAUUAGAUUAUCUUUCAUAAUUGGUAAUUGGUUGACUGUCGUGGAUAAUGAAGAGAAGAUUAGUUGGGGUGUUCAGUCAAAAAGGAAGGCAAAAAUAAAUUAUAAUAUUUAUUUUUUACAUAUGCCGACAUUUCGACCUGAAGUUCAGGCCUUCAUCAGGGCUUUCUCCUUAAGUGUCAAAGGGAGAAUUCUC